AAAGUAUCAUUUUAUUUCAUUUUGGUAAAACUAUUUUUUUCCCUUUCUUAAAAACUCUUUAAUCCCUUUUCUCUCUCCUAAUUUCCGGUCACCGGAAUUUUACCCCUCAAUUUUUUUUUUUUUUUUUUUAGAUUACCCAUUUGCAUUUUCAAACCCCUUUGAUUUUUCCUAGUCUCCAAAAAAAAUUAUUGAGCCUAGGAAAAAAAAAAUAAAAUUAAAGGGUGAUAAAAUAGUUUGAGUUUUUAGCUUUAAUUUUUGUUCAGUAAAACCCAGAAAUUUUCAUAAAAAAUUAUAAAUAAUUUGAAUCUGGAGAAGUUUCGAAGAAAAAUUAGUUGAUCGAUUUGAAGACUUAUACGAUCUAUGUCUUCUUCAUUUUUCACCCCAGUUGGACUAUCAUGCAGAGAUAUAGAUAUGGGCUGUUGUUGCACCACUCGCUUUCAGUGUAUGGGCGCUAUUUGUGGUCCUAGUUAUAAUUGAAGUAUCGAGUCGAGUUGGUUGAGUUUUCGACAUGGAAUCGAAGAGAGAGGAGGCUCUUGUAGCGAAACAGCAUGCUGAGAAGAGAUUUGCUGAGAAGGAUUUUGUUGGUGCCAAGAAUUUCGCGUUGAAGGCUCAAAUGCUGUAUCCCGAAUUAGAAGGUAUUUCACAGAUGGUGGCAACGUUUGAUGUAUAUGUUGCGUCUGAGGGGAAAGUUAAUGGUGAAGUUGAUUUUUAUUCUAUUCUUGGGUUAAAACCAUCUGCUGAUAAAUCUUCAGUAAAAAGACAGUAUAAAAGGCUCGCGGUGUUGCUACAUCCAGAUAAGAAUCGAACUGUGGGAGCUGAUGGGGCAUUUAGGCUUGUUUCGGAAGCGUGGACUCAUUUGUCAGAUAUUUCUAAAAGAGCUACAUAUGAUCGCAAGAGGAAUGGUCAACUGUCUUCCACAGUGGUUGCUGGGGCUACAUAUCCUACCAAUUGUGCAAAGUCUUCUCUUCCUCCUACAUUUUGGACAGUUUGCACUUCUUGUCAAGUUCAAUACGAAUAUCUUCGGAAGUAUGUCAAUAAGAGGCUCUCAUGUAAGAACUGCCGUGCUACUUUUAUGGCCGUGGAAAUGGGAACAGCUCCGAUCAACGGUUCUUAUCCUGUUUCACAGUUUUCAUAUGGGCCUGAAAAUGGAUACAAUAGUAGUCAUGGGCAUAACAUGUCAUUCUACCCUACUAGUCCUGUAUAUGUUUCAGGGAACGGGGUUCCUGUGUAUCACUCUGGUCACGGCUCUGAAUAUGUUUCAAAUGUGUCUUUUCAAUGGAGUACAUCCCCGGGAUCCUCUGGUGGGUAUGUCAGCCCUAAUGGAUUUACCACUUCUGCUGAUACGCUUUACCAGAGUAACGGAUAUCCAAGUAAACCUGGGAAAAAGGUGAAAGCUGAUGUAAGUGCCAAUGGUUCCGUUGGCUGUAAUCAAUCAUCGGGCACAACAAAUGUUAGAAGGCCGUAUAAGAAAAGAAAGGUUGAAAAUGGUGGUAAUUCUGCUGUAAAUGGUGACGAGUUAGGUGGUAAGGUUGUUACCGAAGCAGCAAUGCCUAAGGAAAACGGAUGCACUGUACCCAAGUUUUCUGCCACUAAUGAAUCCUCUGUCAAGCGGUCUAUUCCUCCACUGAUUGAUAUCAGAACGUUGUUGAUAGAGAAGGCCAGAAAAGAAAUCCGGAAGAGGCUUGAAGAGAUGAAAUCGGAAUCAAUUGAGAAUGGUGAAAAAACUCAUAUACCUGGUAAACCUGGAGAAUCUCGGAGAAGAGCACAUCUGGGUAUCUCCCAUUUGGAACCCAAGAAACUCGGGCCAGUCACUCUAACAGUUCCUGACUCUGACUUCCAUGAUUUUGACAAGGACAGGACAGAAGAGUGCUUCCAACCCAAGCAGAUAUGGGCACUGUAUGAUGAAGAGGACGGCAUGCCCCGCCUUUAUUGUCUGAUACGCCAGAUCAUCUCAGUGAAUCCAUUCAAAAUUCUAAUUAGCUACUUGGGUUCUAAAACUGAUACUGAGUUUGGAGCAGUAAAUUGGAUAGAUUCUGGAUUCACAAAAUCUUGUGGACAUUUCCGAGCGACCACUACUGACAUCAUUGAAGGGGUCAACAUGUUUUCUCACGUCUUAAGCCGGGAGAAGGCAGGCCGAGGAGGGUGUGUUCGUCUUUACCCAAGAAGCGGAGACAUAUGGGCAGUGUACCGGAACUGGUCAAAGGAUUGGAAUCGGUCAACUCCUUACGACGUGAGGCACCAAUAUGAAAUGGUUGAGAUAAUGGAUGAUUACAACGAAGAGAUUGGGAUUUGUGUUACCCCACUUGUUAAGGUAGAGGGGUACAAGACGGUGUAUCAGAGAAGCACCGACAAGGCCGCAGUUCAGUUGAUCCCGAGGAGAGAGAUGGUCAGAUUCUCGCACCAGGUGCCAUCUUGGUUGCUCAAAGAGGUGACUAAUUUGCCAGAUGAAUGCUGGGAUCUGGAUCCUGCUGCCAUCCCAGACCAGCUGCUUCAGCCGGUGAAAGAUACCGAGAUCCAAGAUUUAAAUAAACCUAGUGAGAAAGACUCUUGAAACUAGAUACUACUGCUCUUUUUGGGCAUUUCUGAUAAUGAAUGGUUGGCUUUAACUCAAUACUGAUAGAGAAAUAUCAUAAAGUAGGGCAGGAGUUUCACCAUAGGAUGAUUUAGAGUAGUUCCGAUGUUGGUCACAAGCUGAUCGACGAACUUUGAACCCUAAUGAUUUUAGAGGGUUCAUUGCUCAUUGAGUGAUGGGUGCUAUGUAGGCAUGUAGCAAUCUUGUACUCAAUUCUUAAAUUGAUUGUACUUGUGUUUUACAGGUUUUUGAUCAUCCUGCUAGAUUUAGCUGUGAAUUCUCAUGCAAGAAUUUUGUGCAUGUUGAAGAUGGUUUGCCGUUGGGUGGCGUUAUCACAAUUGCAUGCUUCCAUCGUUGUGUUGCAAAUAAUCUUACAAUUCCUCAAUGUUGCUCUAA